CAUCUCUCCUGGCUCUCCAUCAACGGAGUCGCAAAGGCCAUCACAGUCGCCACCGGUAUAUCCAGUCUAGCCAGCCUCUUCCUCUUCAAAACCGACCCGGGACCAAAACCCGCACUGGAACCCAAAGAAAACGGAGAUGAGGAUGAGAGAAGUGACCCAGAUGAUGUUUUUUGAAUCCUUAUACGAAACGACGAUGAAGGCGAAGAUGACAGAGACGGAGAAGAAGGAGAAUAUACAGCAGGGCCGGAUUCGCGCAACCAAGACCAACAAGGCUGGGUUCGUGCGACCAGGACUAGCAAGCGAGAACAGCAAGGAGAUCGGAUUUCAGCAAGCGAGAAACAUUAGAUUGGAUGAAAUGAUCGAGACGGACGGAAUCCGAUCGAUCGGAGCGGAUUUCAUAUUUGUGUUUUGCGAAGGAGAACUUUCUUUUGCAUUCUGGAAACAUUAUAAGUUCAAUUCUGCUUUAUCCACCACUCAUGAAGACCUCCAAAGGAUGGAGAAGAAAGCCUCUGAGACUUUUAAAGAAUAUGCUCAACGUUGGCGCAUUAAGACUGCUCAAGUGCAACCUCCAAUGACUGAAUCUGAGCUCAACAAUCUAUUUGUCAAAUCAAUGAGAGGACCGUAUCUUGAUAAAAUGCUUACUCAUUCCUCUGAUGAUUUUGCAAAGCUAGUUCACAUUGGAGAAAAUAUUGAAGAUGCUAUAAAGUCAGGGAAGAUCCCAGAUGCUAACUUAUGGCAAGCUCUGAUGGAAAAUAACCAAGGGAAUGGUCGUAAGUUUAACCAGUUCAACCAGUUCAAGAAAGACAAAAAGGAGGGUGAGCAAUACUCUCCACAACCUCAUCUAUACCAAGCCUAUCCACCAAGUCCCAAAUAUGCCACCUACCCAGCUAAUCCUCCCAAGCCAUAUCCAAAUAGGCCAAAUACUUUCGAUAGGAGAUUUCGAAAGAUUGAUCGUAUUCCUCUCUCUUACCUGGAUGUAUACAACCAAUUGACAGCCGUAGGGAUUGUGACACCAAUACCUCCUCCUAAAGUCCAAGAUCCCCUCCCAAAAGGAUUCAACCCAGAAGUUCAAUGCAUCUAUCACAGUGGUGGUGUUGGCCAUGAUAUUGAAAUUUGUUGGAGUUUUAAACACCUUAUUCAGAAUUUGCUAGAAGAGAAGAAGAUUGCAUUUGAGACCGCCUCUGAUAAGGCCAGUCCUAGCAUUACCAACAACCCACUCCCAAAGCAUGCCAACCCUGGUGGAAGCUAAAACAACAUUUGUUAUAGUUACUUUGAGGGGUUCAUAUGGCAAGAAUUGAGUUCAAACCUCAAGGAUUCUUGAAGUAAUGACCUAUGUCAGUUAUCUCUACUUUUUAGUUAUUAGUAGUAUAAGUAACUUGAAUCCACCAUUGAUUCUGCCCAAGAUCAUGGUUAAAGUAAAAUAACGGGCACAUC